CGAGAAUUUCCGGAAAUGUAAAAAUAAAAUAAAAUAUCUAGAAAACUGAAAAAUGUAGCACAAACGCAGAUUUUGGCUUUCACAGGUACUGAUGUUGGGAAAAAGUUGACAGGAAGUCCAGAAUUGAAGCCUCCAAAGCUAGGCCAUAAGCAACAUGUCAAACAAAGGAAAGGAGCAUGACACUAAUAAACAAAAUGAGAAGACCCCACUGAUGCGGCAAGGGUCUGCUGGUGGUAGGAAGCAACUACCUGCUGUACCAGAUGCUGACACCCAACUCUCUCUUGCCUCUAAGAUGAUCGACAAAAAGACAUCCACUGCUAAAGGCAAUCAUUCCUAUGGACCAUUCUUCUUAGAAUAUUCUCUAUUAGCUGAGUAUAACCAGCUCCAAAAGCAGAAACUUCCAGGAGUUUAUGUAAUUCCAUCUGCCAAAUCAGCUCUAUUUUGGAAUGGUAUCCUGUUUAUAAGGCAAGGGAUUUACCAAGAGGGAAUUUUCCGCUUCUCUCUUCAUAUUCCAGAAAACUACCCUGAUGGGGAUUGUCCUAAACUUGUAUUCGAUCCUCCUGUAUUCCAUCCAGUCAUAGAUCCAGAAACGGGACAUUUAGACGUCACCAGAGCAUUCCAGAAAUGGCGACGUAACCACAAUCAUAUAUGGCAGGUGCUACUCUAUGCACGGAGAGUCUUCUACAAGAUAGAGACAAAAUCUCCACUCAACCCUGAAGCUGCAGUUUUAUAUGAGCAAGAAAUAGAGGUUUACAAACAGAGAGUGGCAGAGAGCAUCAAGAAAUGUAAAGACCACGUUUAUGAUUCACCAAACUCAGAUGACCCCCAUGCUAUAAAGUUUAGUCCCUGGGAAGUAGAUGUACAUGGGGAUGCCAGGGAACAGGUAUUGACCCCCAAGAUCUGCCUCAGUGACAAAAAUGCGCAGACUUCUGGACUUUCCUGGAUUGAUAGAGGCUCAACUAAGGUUUUCUCUAGGGAUGAUUCAGCAAAUGCAUAGAUAACCAGAAGGAACAAUUGCCAACAAGAUUGUGCUUUAAACUAUUAAAGCCUAAUCUACACCAACAAGGCACGGUGGGAUCUCGGUACUAAAUGUAGGAUUGCAUUAAACUUGAAAGAUAUGUGGUGAUCAAAUCAGUCCAAAGCACAAUCUCAAAAAUACUCAUUUAGAUUGACUUUAUUUUUUGGAUCAAACUGAAAAUUCAUUAAAUCAGCCAAUAUUUCUCCUAUUAUAUGGAACAACCAUGAGGAUGUAGAAUCAUUUUUUGGAGUUAGUGUCAUCAUGCCAAAUACUGUACUCUGGGCAAUUGUUGGCAUAAUAACGAAGAGCAAGAGCUGAAAUUGGAAUGAUAAUGCUCUGGAGAUUAUCUAGAAUAUGGUGAUCAAUGCAGUUUUUGUGAUAGCUCUUAUUGCAACCACAAUGUCAGGAUGCCUAGUAUAACCCCUACUGUCGUCAGAUGCAUCAGAACUAUUUUUAUUGACAAUAUGACAUAGCCAUGUCUGUAUGUGUGCUCCACAUAGAUUAUGUCAUUCAAUGUAAAAUCAAAAUAUUUAAAAACGUAUUUAUAUUUUAUCAUACAUGAACAAUUUUUGAUACAAUGUACGGGGUCAGUAUCCACUGUUCAACACAUGUUUCAUUCAGAACACCAUAUCUUCUCACAAAUGAGCCAGUAAUACUAAGUUCAGAAAUACCACAUCAAGAAUAAGUGCUUUUCUUAAUUAAUUUGUUUUCAGACCUACUAGGAAGUGUCUAUUUGUGCAGUUGCAUACCCAAAACCUUUUCGUAUAAAAAUAUAAUUUCUAGUUGAGACAAUUUAAAUUUUGUCUGUGUAUAGUAUACUGCACUUGUGCCAAUUCCAUGUUUAACCAUUUUUAACGUGGUCAUCAAUAUAUUGUUAUCAUGUUUUCACUAUUUAGUCAACCACUAUGAUCAUAUAUCGAAAUAUUUUACCACUUCCUUUUAGUUUAGAAGUCCAUAUAUUAUUCAUAAUUCAAUAAACUGAGUUAAAUCCAAUUUCAAAUUGCUCAAUUUCUUUAACAACGAUGUGAAAUUAAAUGGUGCUACUCCUUUUCUGUUGAAACCCAGAAAAUACAGACUUAUUCAGGCACAAUAUUUUUCUGUAUUUUACUGGAAUCAUUUAUUUUUCUUGACCCCCAAACACUGAACACUUAGUCUUGCCUGAAACAGGAAUAAGCCCCUAGGACACUUUUUCAUAUGUAUAUGCUCUACCAUUGAGCUAUAUGAUGUAUAUGGGCAGACCAUAUGCCAUUCAAUAAUGCCAAGAAAA